AUGAGCAACGAAAUGUCCUGCAAGGGAAGCCCCACGUCAAGCGCCAGCGCACGCAUUAGCCUCGUAACAGACGAAAGCCACUUCAGCUUGGCCAGCCUGAACUCAUCCGUCAGCCAGGACGAGUUCUUCCGAUGCCGAGAUCACUCCGACUUGGUGCUGAAACGAAUGCAAGACUACCUCCAGGGUGAGAAGCUUUGUGAUGUGGUGCUCAUCGCAGGCGUCGAUGGCCGACGGAUACCGGCCCAUCGUCUGGUGCUAUCGGCUUCGUCUGCCUACUUCAGCGCAAUGUUCACUGGUCAACUACGUGAGAGUCAGCAGGAAGAAAUCACGCUGCAAGAAGUAGCUGGGGAUGCGUUAAACUCACUCAUCCAGUACUGCUAUACGGGCGCAAUUGAGAUACGAGAGGAUACGGUUGAGACAUUGCUGGCCACAGCGUGCCUUUUGCAGCUCAGUACCAUCGUAGGAGCUUGCUGUAACUUCCUCGCCCGUCAAUUACAUCCGUCCAAUUGUCUGGGAUUUUCGCUGUUUGCGGAACAGCAGGGUUGUACGGCGUUGCUGAAGCUGGCUACCGCUUACACAUGCCAGCACUUUCAGCAGGUAUGGAAGAACCAGGAGUUCUUCAUGCUUGAUGCAGCUCAGCUGGCAAAUCUGUUGCGCAGCGAUGACCUGAACGUUCCUAACGAGCAGGAAGUGUUCCACGCGUUAAUGGCCUGGAUACAGUACGAUCCUGAGGGCCGAAAGCGACAUAUUCCAGAGUUGCUGGCAUUGGUAAAGCUACCAUUGUUGCAACCAUCGUUCAUAGUGGAUAACGUGGAAGCCCUCUGCGGAGGAGCGAACGAAUGCCAGCAGCUAGUGAUGGAGGCAUUCAAGUGGCACCUUAUUCCGGGCCGUCGAUCCCUUAUUGCCACAUCCCGAACCCGGCCCCGAAAAUCAACCAUGGGUCGCUUGUUGGCGGUUGGUGGUAUGGAUGGACACAAGGGAGCGAUAAGCAUUGAGAGCUACGAUCCACGGCUGGAUAAGUGGACGCUGCUGAAAAAUAUGCCCACGCGGCGGCUCCAGUUCGGAGUGGCUGUGUUAGAGGAUAAGCUGAUCAUCGUCGGUGGACGGGACGGCCUAAAAACCCUAAAUACGGUAGACAGCUUCGAUCUAAACACCAUGUCCUGGAGCACGUUGGUGCCUCCGAUGGUUACACCACGCCACGGGUUAGGUGUGGCAUUUUUAGAAGGACCUUUAUACGCGGUCGGUGGCCAUGAUGGCUGGAGCUACCUCAACACCGUUGAACGGUGGGAUCCAUCGUCACGCACAUGGAGUUACGUGUCGCCGAUGUCGGCCAUGCGCUCGACGGCUGGAGUGGCGGUGUUAGGAGGCCGUUUGUAUGCGAUCGGUGGCCGAGAUGGAAGCGUUUGCCACCGUACGGUCGAGUGUUACGAUCCGCACACGAACAAGUGGACUUUGCGGGCACCGAUGAACCGGCGACGUGGUUGCGUUGGUGUUGGCGUCCUUAACGGAUUUUUGUACGCUCUCGGUGGACACGAUUGUCCGCCAAGCAAUCCUAGCGUUUGUCGAACGGAAACCGUCGAACGAUACGAUCCAACGACUGACACCUGGACUCUGAUCGCGUCGUUAAGCGUCGGAAGAGACGCCAUCGGAGUAAGUGUACUAGGUGAUUGGUUGAUUGCCCUCGGCGGGUACGAUGGCAAUCAAUACCUGAAGAUCGUCGAACAGUACGACGCCGAGACGAACGAGUGGACACCGGUCGCUCCGGUGAACUACAGCCGAGCCGGUGCGUGUGUCGUCGCCAUCCAGAACAACAUCUCGAACGCAGCAACGACAGCGGCAUCAGGAGUUGUUGCCCUGCCCUCUACCAGUGGCAACCUUUCUUCGCCAAAUAACGCUAUCGCUUCGUCCUCCUCUUCUUCCACGGUGAACGUUCCAGUGGCCAACAACAGUACCACGGGAUGGCGCGGAAGUACAAGUGCCAGCAAUUAUUACUAUCGCAGACACUUCCGCAUAUGUGAUUACUAUGUGUAGAAGGGGAGAUCAUGCAGGUGGACACUUCCGGUUUAUACCGUGAUAUGGAGAACAUGGACAGCAGAUUCGAUCAAGAGAUUUCAUGUAAAAUAGUAAUGAGAUGAGCAAACACGAUAACGUAAGGAGUUCAAGAAAUGAUCAAAUCCUACUUUGAAUGGUAAGCAACAGGACACGUUUCUUGAAACGCUAACUUUAGCCUGAGGGAGAAGGUUUAGUUUGAUUUGAACCAGUGAUUUUAAUUAUAUUUGAGCAAUUCUUUUUCUGCAUCUUGGGUAGAUAUUUUCAUAUCGAACUUUAGAGCAAAACGUAAUGAAUACACUAUCAGGACCUGAAAAGCCUUUAACACAGUCCUGUUCUGCCGUGGCGAUCGGGAUGCGUAUAUGGAUGCCAAAGAAAAUCAUCGUGAUUCAUUAGCCAAACCUGCCCUGUGAAAUUUAUUUUUCCAUGCAACUAGACCGACAAUGCUUCGACAAUUUCGUAUGAUUCAUCAGAUGUAGCGUCACAUAGAAUAAGGUCACUUUGAAAUGACUGUACCGACGAUUUAAGUGGAACCGAUCACCUACGAUGCUUUACGAUUGCUUCCUCCUGAUAAUGAACGAAACAAACAUUCGUGCAAUCGUGUAUCUGCCUGGUACGAUCGGUUUGCUUUUGAUAGGGUAGGAAUAUAGGUUUUUUGGAGCAGUUUAUCUUCUUUUCCGCAAUGAAAGUUAAAAAAAAUAUUGAGCAUAUAACAAGCUCUAGCAUGUAAGGAUCAAACUGUGCAGAUGAAAAUAUAAUAAAUUAAAUUUUCCGAG